UUGUCUGAAAUUUUGCAGCAUGAACAUUUUGGGUUGGGAAGGAUGCUGGCUCUUGGAUUCAAUGCAGCCAUAAGUGUGAGGGUUUCUAAAGAGUUGGGGGAAGGGCAUCCAAGAUCGGCAAAGUUCAGUAAUGGUGGUGCUUAUAAAUUCAUUCAUAAUUGGCAUUAUCCUCCCACUCAUUCUCAUCAUCACCAGAAAAGAAUUCCCAAUUGCAUUUUCUUGCAGUACAGAAUUGAGAGAGCUAGUCUGAGCUUACCCCUUGGCUCACAGCAUCCAUUGUCAUCCGCAAUGUUCAAAUUGUUCUCUCUGGGGUGGCGAUUGGAGCAGUUUGUAAAUUCCAUACACUCCUUAAAAACUCCAUAUUAGAUUAUUUGGUUUUCCAUGCCCUCAUUGGUGGGAAACUGUACUGGCGUCAUAGAAAUCCCUCUCCCAAGAGUUAUAUAUGAAAGUUAGUUCUCUCUCUCUUCUAAUUGAAAUUGUCUCAGGGAAUUUGGUGCGGA